CCUCCCCCUCUCGAAGUGUGCGUACGUGAGAGCCAAGCAAGUGUGUGUGUGUGUCUGUGUGAGUGGGAUUCGUGUGCACAGAAAACGCACACGUGAUGAGAACCGAGUGCAGUGUACAUGACUCUCAGGUAUGACACAGCGGAAUAGACCCACAAAAAAAUGACAUCCAUUCGGAAAAGGAAAUCCAUCGAGGCCGAAUUAGACAGAGGUCCAGAGGCCAGGACGCUCGAAAAGGAAGACAACGACUCGAGAGAAGACAAAGUUGACCGGAAAUUAGAUGAAAGGAAAAAUCAUUAUGUAAAGUCUAAGGUUCCUCCGGCAAAGACGUACCUGUUGUAUAUCCUCUCGUUUCUCUUAGGCUUUGCUCUUAUCUGGUUAUGGCCGUUUACGCACAAGCUCGAAGCACGAGACGAUGCCACCUUAUUAACCUUGCACACUCAUUUUACACCUGUUGAUCCAAAAGCAUUUGACAGCUUUAUAGAUCGUGAGGAAUCCAGGUCAAGUCUACAUGGCAUAUUGACAUGGAAAACUGCAUCCGUUGCAUGGUCGUGGAUACACCCCCAUGCCUUUGCUGCACUACUACCAGCCGAGGGAAUAGAUGCGAAACCGGGCCAUGUGUGGAGACUUAUACCUGAUACGUCUCAAGAGUUUAUGUACAGCUAUAAGUAUGUUCCACCUCCUCCAUCAGGACCCAUAGAAGAGCUACUGUACUCCUUGUUGUCUCUCUUUCACCCACAACCCUUCUUGGUGUCCAGGUACGGACCUCGCGGGGCUGCUGCUGUACUAAGAGCCAAGAAUUUUGAUAGUUUAGAUAUCAUUUUCAGAUUGCAUGCAGAGUACCAGUUAAAUACGCCUCCCAGGAGACCCCUUUGGUUCACCCCAGCUGCUUUUAUGGGAAGGCUGGUUAUUAACAUGACAGAUUACAGUGUCCAGCAUUUUGUUAUGGAGGUUCCCACUCAACAGCAGCUGAAUGUGGAUCUAGAGUGGCUGAUAGGGCCUAAUGAGGAUGAAGACAUGGAAGUGACAAUAACUCGCCUUGAGCAAAUGCAGCUGUCAGCAGAGGGCUUGUUGGACCCAGGGAGCCUCGUGUGGUCCCAAGAAAUCACUCAUGAAAAAGCUCAUGAUCUACUAGAAAAGGAGCUUUAUAGAUAUAAGCAAGUUGAGUACCACAACUUUACUAAAGCUUUCGUCAAGGGUAGUAAGGAACAUCGCCCUGUGCACACACUUGUCUUGUGGGGUGUUUUGGAGGACCAGUCGUGCUGAGGGUCAGGCAGGGCACUGCGGGAGGGUCCUCUGGCCUCUCCUGUGGUGCAAGCCAUACUUCAGGACAGCUUUGUCUCCUCAUGGGCGCUAGUCACUGAGUUGGAGGUAUAUAGUCGAGAUCAGUCCUUGGCUGGUAUUUCUUUAGCAGCCAGUCUUGCACUCGAUGCUUAUGUUUUCCCUGUUCAAGUGCUGAUUCAGCAUCCUUCAGGUUACGUCAUUGCGGCCAUAAAUGCCAACAAGCUUCUGGAAGCCGAGCUCAAUGAUACUAUGGUUUCUGAAGGUUUUUAUGAUCCAGCUGUCUAUACUUAUUACAAGUUCUUGAAAGAGGGGCUUCAGGAAUUCAGGGAGAUAUUUCAAGAAUAGGAGACCCACGUAAGGUUGCUUGAACUCCUGCGUGAUGGUUUUUUUCUAUGAAAAGUAAUGUGUAGAAAUUUUUGUAACUGAAGUACACGUCACUUUCAGCAUAACAGACCCAGGUGUAGCCAAUGUUAAUAAUCAAGGGCCUGAAAGUACAAUAAUUCAAGCAGUUUAUCCAGAUAGUAAAAUUUUGUGUCCAUUAUGGGACCCUGCCUUAUCAAGAUGUUUAUUAUUGUAUUUACUUGUAUCCCAGUGAUUGGAAAAUGGUCUAUAUUCAGUUGCUUUUACUGAGAUGGUGGAUAGAUUUGUGAUGUUAAGCAACAUGUUCAUAUUUCAUUGUUAAAUUUCUUAUAUUCAUCAUCAGCAGCUUGUCAUUUGUCAAAGAAGUAUCGUCACUAACUUGUCAUGAUAUUUCAUCAGCUUGCCAAGUGUCUCUUCACCUCAGUAAUUGAAGAGCUGAUUGUAGCGAUAAAUGUGCAAUAUGAGGUUGGGAAGAAGUCCUGGUAAUAGAAGGAUUCAGAUGAUUCAGAGUAUAUUUACAAAUUUACAGUAUAAAAAAUUUAUGAUUCUUUAAACAAUCAGGGUUUAUGGACAAAAGUUUAUUACCAUAAAUCUGUUAUGUUAAGGUAGACUGUACAUCUCAUUGUUUUUUGUGAAAAUUUUAUUUUUCUGUUUCAAAAUUUAUCUGGUGAUAAUUGUAAGCUAAUAUAGGAUGUAAAGAUAUUUUAGCAUACCAUGACAUAGAGUUAGGCAUUGAUUGUACUGUGAUAAAAUGAAAAGGUCUAAAAAGGGAAAGUUUAGUUAAGUUUUGAAUUAUUUGUGGAGUACCUGAACACACGUUUUUAGCAAUGCAUGGUUCGGAGGUACUCGGAAAUUGUCACAUACAUUAAUGGUGAUAAUUAUUUGAAGAGAGUAGACUAUACUGUGAUUUGUGUGGAGAACAUGGAUUCUGGUCAGCCUUGUGUUAGAUGUGAUUAUAGCAUGCCGGUAAUUUCUCAAGAUGGAUAAAUACAGAAACUGCGUAUUUUAUUGUUUAUGUAAGUGAUUUAUCAUUAAUGCUCAUUUAUACAGUGGGUACUCUUUAAACAUGUUGUGGUGAUUUUAAUGUUUCCACUUCCUCAAGUGGAUAUCACCAUGAUGUACAUGGCAGUCACCCAGCAAAGGGUAGUGACUGUAGUGAGCUUAAUUAUAUGAUAAUAUGAUUUUUUUUUCUUAAGGGGACCAUUCCCAAGGAUGAUGGGGUGAUGGGUCAAAGUGUUAACUGAUAAUAUUGAUAUAGACAUUCCACUUCAAAAUUUGUGGAGUUUUUCUCUUAGAGGCAUAUUCAUAAGCCCUUGAAAGGUAUGAACAAAAUUUGGAUUAACUAAAAACUGUGAUAGGAUUGGUACAAGAUAUCAAUAAAACAAAAAAGAACACCCCAAAAUGUCAGUCUAACUUUAAGCUAUCUUAAUUUCUCUAUCAAAUGUUUGUUGUAACUUGGUUCCCAAGUUACAGUAAAAUAAAAAAGUGACUUGAUGAAAAGUAGCAAAUCCUAUUUUUGAGCAACAUGAUCUGUACAGAAUUGCAAUCAUUGGUUGCCUUAGACCACUCUUAAAUUAGUGCACAGCUGCACAGAAAAAUAUUGUUAGAAAAUCAUGCUAAACAUUUUGACGCAAGAAACAAUACUUUUUGCAAUAUAGUUAUUAAUGUUACCAAAUUGUUAUCCCUGAUUUUACAACUACAUUUGGGUAUGUGUGGCUUAUCUGAAUAUUGCAAGGCAUACUCCAUCCCUUAUGGCAAUACAAUCAUCAUCUCACAGUGAAUCUACAUGAAUUCUGGAACGGCUGGUCGAGACAUGAAUCAGAACGAGACAAAUUUGAAACCCAAAAUACCAAACUUUCCACAUCAUAAGGUUCUAUUCGUUAUUGAAUGUUUUGACACCCCUCCUAACGAUAGUUUUCUGUGUAGCUGUACAUGUGCAUUUACUUACAUAUGCAUACAAAUUUGUGUGGAUGUACAUGUACUUCUGUGACCAGUUUCAGUAAUUGAUGUCAGAUUGUGUUUUAUUUUCACUCCAGUAAAGUGUUCAUACUUAUUGAAAGAAGGCUCACUCAACAACAGCCUGCCUCUGAGUAAUCCUCUUGCUAUACUGCCUAGUUUUUCUGUGCAGGAGUUUAUAUUCACUUGGAUAAAUCUGCAUUUGCAUAAGAGUGAGAAACUGGUUUUAACUAAAUCUUUGACCUCCUGACCUGAAUCCCCCCGUCAAGCUUCGGGACGGUUUCCUUAAGGGGCUUCUUUAUUCUCUAAAUGGCUUGAAAAAAGUUACUUCUUGAGGAUAUAGACUCAAGGGUAACAGAGCUUACUAAAACUAAUUUUGCGAGCUUUUGAAUAACAAUAAGAUAUUCUCAUGGAAAACUCUAUUCUCAGAGUUCUGUGCAUAAUUUCCUUUUAAGUAUAUAGCUUUAUUUUUGCUGGGAAAUAACAGAAACAUUAGACAAAGUAUUCUCAUAAUAAGUGUUACUUAAUAUGAUUGGGAUAUAUUUUAAAAGUUGGCGCUUAUUUGAUGCAUGCACUCUUUUUUAUUGACAAAUGUUAACAAAAGUGGGCAGGACAGCUGGUUAUUCACGGCUGGUUUGUUAAAAUUGUGUGAGGCCUGACCCAAAGGAUAUUCGUAUAUACAGACAUAUAUAUACACAGAAAUAAAUGCAUACCUAUUUGUUAGAUAUAUAUACAUCUAUCCAUCUAUCACUAUGGUAGAUAUGCAUGUUUAGACUGAUAAGUAAGCAUUUAUUUCAGUGUAUAUGCAUGUCUGUAUAAUGAAUGUUCAUUGGGUCGGGCCUCACGCAGUUUUAACAAACCAGUCUUCAGUUUUUGAAAUUUGCCUCAAGUUAUUUCAUGUACUCAAAAGUACUGUUAACUGCAGCUAGUAUGUAGUGCCUGUAGCAAUACCAGUCUUCCAAAAUUAUUUUACCAAUUGUACAAUUAGAAGUAUUCCUUAUGAAGUACUGCUGGUACAUUUUUGAUGCCACUGACAUUAUUUUUAUUUGUUAUAAUUUUAUUUAUUAAUAGAUUUUAUGUAUUCAUUAUAAUUUUAUUUAUAUAUUAUUUAUAUUUAUUUACUGAUGAUUUAUUUAUUAGUUAUUUUUUUAUUAAUUAUUAUUUUAUUCAUCAAUUAUUUUUCCGCUAAAAUUAUUUUGUUGUUAUGCUAUCAUUUCGGGGAGCAAUAUAUUAGAGACCUUCAGGCUGUUUUAGUUAUUUCCUAAAUGGUUUUGUUGAACAGUACUUUUUAGAUUUGUGAAUUAAUGAUAGGAAGGCAAUUUUCAAGUAUGGAAUAUCAGCAGUACUGCCAAGCUUUGGAAAAUUGCACUUAUUCAAGAAGGGUUCCUUGCAAAGCUCUUUAUUCAUUAUUAAUCUGGUGAUUGUGGUUUCAGAGAGAUAUAAAUUGAGCUGAUGAAUGCAAUUAUAAAACAUUUUUGAAUUGUUACAUAAAUGGAAAAGUUGUGUACUUGAAUUUGUUAGCAAUGAUAAUGAUAAUUAUAAUUCGUUUUCAAGACAAAAAACAACAAACUGACUUUUCUUAAAGAUCAAACUAGAUAUCAUUAUUAUGUGUAGUUGGAUUUUAAAACUAGUUUUACUUUGUUUAAUUUUUUAAUAUUAUUAUUAUUUUUUAAGAAAAUUAUCUUCAUUCUUAUUUUGUUUCCCAGGGAUGCAGUUUAUUAGUAGAUUGUAUACAUUCAGAUUUUGUAACAGAUGUUUAGCAAGGUUUGCAAACUAUGAAGCUGAAAUAGUAAAACUAAUGGUGUGUUUUGGCUGAUGACCUCGUGCAAGCCUUACUAACAUUCUGUUGCACUUCUGAUGUACCCUCGACCAAAUGCUUUUAGAAAAACUAGAGGUGGUUUGGCGGAAAGUGAAAUAUUUAUUUAAGGGAAGGUUUUGGGAUUUUUGAAGUCCUAGCUCUUGAUUUUCUUUUUCUUUUUUCUUUAUGAAAUGAAUAUUUCUCGUAAGGUAAUAUGUUAUUGUCUAUUUGCAGAUUUAUGAUAUUUAUGGGAAAAGAAAUACUUGUUUCAAAAACAGAUAUUAUAAAAGAAAUAUUUGAGUUUAAAAGCAUAUCUGUUCUAAGUAAAUUUUAGGUCAGAUGUAAUAUAUUUUCAUAUAUGCUGCAAAUGGAUAUACCAGAAUUUGUUUGUGUAUUUCUCUGAAAUGUCUUUUACUGUUGGUGAAUGAUUUGGCUUUCAUUAAAUAGGCAUACAUGAGUGAAAAGUUCAAUAGGGAAGAAAUAAUAUGAUCUACAGUAUAAGAAUGAGAAUAUUAUUAGAUAAUGAGUUUAUAAAAGAAUGUAGCGAGGGAAUUGCAUAUAAGAAAAGAUCAUAUAAUUUAGCCUAGUUUAUAUCCAUGAUACAAGUACCAUAAUUUUCAUGUUAUUUUCUCUGUCCUAUGUUGGGAAACAAGUUAACAGGACUGUUUAACCGGCAGAUACCAUAAAAGGUUUAAAAUCAUUAUACACACAUGAAUUCAAAUAUAUACAUGCGAGUCAUUUGCGGGAAACAAAUGACUUGAGCGUUACUUCUGUGACUAUAGCCUUGUAAAAGAAGAUUGAUUUAUGUGUUUGUUCAGUUGCAUGAUGUAAUCUUUUUUGUGAUAGAAUUUUUCAAUAUAACCAAGAUUACCUUUUAAUCAACUGAAUUUGUUUAUUUAUUUUUUUAUUCUUUUAUUUUUUAUUGUUUAGAAUAUAUGCGUAUAUUCUUCAGGCAGUGUUGCAUAGAUAGAAAAAUUCAUUGGUAUUUUUUAUUAGCUCAGAGAAUACGUCAGGGAAAGAAAGAGCAAAAUAGAGAAAAUUUAUUGUCCUUAGGAAAACUUCUCAUUUUGUUACUUAAUUAUAGGUUACCAUUUUGUUGCUGUUGUCUCGUAAAAGUUGAAAAGUGGAUUUAUUUCUUUGAGAGGAAAUAUACUGUAUAUGUUUUAUUAUUUUUGGUGAAAUAUUAUUUUUUGUAUGAAUCAUGAAACACAUAGACUAUAUAAAGAUUAUAAAAUCUGUAAAUUUAUAAGAAAAUAAAGAUAUUUAUCCUU